AUGAUCACGAUGUUGUACGGGACGGCCGCCAUGAUGCCGUACCUCGAUGAGAACAGGAAGAUAGUGUACGCUAUAAUCGCAAACGUCGGGAUGUUCGAAAUCAUCAUUGUGUGUAUUCUAAUUUAUGGGGUGUUUGGGAAAAAGCCCUGCCUAGUCCUACCAUGGCUGAUAACAAGUUGGUUGUUCUGCAUAUCUCUGCUGGGUCUCUCAGCUCUGGGCACUAUCCUCAUCGUGCUGCAGUACACGGGGGACCAGGAGACGACCUCUGAGGUCAGCACUACUUCUGCUGCCUAUGGGGUUUCUGCAAUCGUCAUGUACUACUCUGCCUCCGUCAUCAGCAGCCGGCGAGACGAGAUGCUGCACAACGGCGUCAUUGAAUCAGCGCAAGGUCUCAUGAGGAGAGAUUAUGAAAAAUAUACAGUA